AUGGCAAGAUUAGUCUUCUUCUUCUUCAUUUUCUUGGCCUGGCACUUCAACUCAUCAUUUGCCCAAACAAACUAUUACAACGUCUUACGUUAUGGAGCGAAACCAAAUGGAGUAACCGAUUCAACCAAUGCCUUAUUUGAUGCAUGGCUUGCAGCCUGUGGCUCUAAAGGUUCAAGCAUGAUUUACGUCCCUAAAGGAAGGUAUUUGGUUGGCUCUCUGCUCUUUAAAGGUCCUUGCAAAAGCCCUGAUAUCACCAUUCAGAUUGAUGGGACGCUGGUGGCUCCAACGGGUUAUCAACAUCUUGGUCAAGCUGGCAAUUGGCUUAGCUUCUAUGGAGUUGCUGGUGUUUCCAUUGUGGGUGGAGCACUUGAUGCUAAGGGACGCCACUUGUGGGAUUGCAAAGCUGCAGGCAGCAACUGCCCUACAGGCGCUUCGACACUGAGCUUUACCAACGCAAAGAACAUAAAGAUCAAACGCUUAUUUUCACUAAACAGCCAGAUGUUUCACAUCGUGCUUAAUGGCUGCCAUAAUGUGAAAAUUGAAGGGGUCAAAGUGAAAGCUCCUGGAAAUAGCCCGAACACAGAUGGCAUUCAUGUGCAAUUUGCUACUGAUGUUGUGAUAUUGAACUCUUCGAUUAAAACAGGAGAUGAUUGCAUCUCCAUCGGCCCUGGAACUAAGAACUUGUGGAUUGAAGGAAUUCAAUGCGGCCCUGGUCAUGGCAUUAGCAUCGGAAGCUUAGCAAAUGAAAUGGAUGAAGAAGGAGUUCAAAAUGUAACCAUCAAGAGAACAAUUUUUAGAAAUGCUUCAAAUGGAUUCAGGAUCAAAUCAUGGGCUAGGCCAAGCAAUGGAUUUGUUGAAAGAAUUCGAUUCAAGCGGGCUAUUAUGUAUAAUGUUCAAAAUCCUAUUAUUAUUGAUCAAAAUUAUUGUCCUCACAAUUUAAAUUGUCCUAAUCAGGUUUCAGGUAUAAAAAUUAAUGAUGUAAUAUAUCGAGGAAUUAGAGGAAUCUCAGCUACACCAGUGGCUAUAAAAUUUGAUUGCAGUUCUAAAUUCCCCUGCAGUAAGAUUAGAUUGUACAACGUAAAUUUAACUUACCCAAAUCAAACCGCUCAUUCAUCAUGCGUUAAUGUGUUGGGGGAUACCAUCGGCAUAGUUAAACCCUCUGGCUGCUUAUAA